GGAGGGAGAGAGGAAAAGAGAGAGCACCGGAGAGCAAGAAAAAGAAGCUAGAGAGAAGGAGAGAGUCGCAGGAGGAAGAGGGAGAAUGCACGGUGUCUGGGUAACACUUCCACGCUUGUAUCCAGGGCCUUUGUGAAUACACCAUGGGAUGCAUCGGCUCCAGGAGACUGACGGGAGAUGCCGUGCCGGUCCAGAAGGAUGGGGAGCAGCAUGGACGUUCAGAAUUUUCAUGGGAAGGAAUCAAUCUGUCUAUGGAAGACACCACGUCAAUCCUCCCGAGGCUCAAGAGGAACUCAAAUGCCUACGGCAUUGGGGCACUGGCUAAGUCUUCUCUGUCAGGUGUGUCAGUGAGUCGCACCAUGAAGGAAAGAGUGACGAAGCCCACGGGCAUGGCUCAGGGUCGCGUCGCCCACAUGAUCGAGUGGCAGAACUGGGGCAUGUCGACGGUGGGCCCAGGGGGCAUCCCCGCGGCCCGGAUCACCACCCAGGAGCGGGAGAAGGAGCGGCGGCUGGAGAACGACGCGUACAGUGACCUCAGCGAUGGGGAGAAGGAGGCCCGCUUCGCUGCGGGUAUCCUGCAGCAGUUUGCCAUCUCACAGGCAACACUUAUGGCCUGGUCCUCGAUGGAUGGAGAGAGUCCGCGGUCGGGAUCAAACCAGGGCAGCGUGGCUCACCUGAGCGAGGUCAACCAGGACAGCAUCACCAGUCGAGAUCAGAUAAUGCAUCACUCGUCAGCGGAGGUGUGGCCUCACACGUACGUCUCCCAGGGCCACUACUGCCUCUCCUCCUCCGACGCCUGGGAGCCAAUCAACACCGACCCCUCUGUCGUGACGUCUGCCCCCACCAGCUCCUACGUCAUGGGGACCGAGGGGUACGACGGGCAGCCUGCCAAUCACUUCCUGUCGCAGCAGCAGCAGCAGCCGCAGCAGCAGCAGCAGUUCACCCUCCAGCAGCAGAAUCAGCUCCAGCAGCUGCAGCAGAUCCAACAGAUCCAGCACUACCAGCAGCAGCAGCUCCUCCAGUAUCAGCAACAACAGUCUCUGGAGCACCGGCUGCACAGCGCCAACCACUCAUUGCAAGUGACGCCCAACAGCACCAUCCACAGUCUGGUCCAUACCGUUCACCCUCCGCUGGUCGAUCUGUGGAACACAGGGCAGAUGGAGGCCUAUCAGACGGAGGCCGGCGGCUACAUGGGCGUGGCGGCGGUGGUGGAGCCGAGCCUCUGUGUCCCCUCUGGAGACGAAAUGGUGGGAACAGAACACUCUCCGCUGCUGGAACAGCAGGAGGAGGAGGAGGACAUCAAGGAGGAGGAGGUGACACUGUUCUUGGAGCCUGAGUCGGCCACAUUGACUCCGCCCACGCAACAAGGGGAUGCCUCCGGAGGCAGUAGUCCGGGGCAACCGCCAGCAGAGCCAAUCACAGAGCGGAAGGCCUCCGAUGUCACCUCAGGCCUCAUUCAGACGCUGGAGGGGAAAAAGGAGGAGGAGGGGCUGGCCGCUUCCAUGGCAACCAACUGAGUUCCCGGCUGUCAAGAGACUCCUUAUUACAAACUGACCGGGAGUCAGCGAGGAAUGAGCGUCAUAAUACAACCUAUAUCUAUUAAUCUGUUCCUUUUCAGGUAUCACCAACACAACUUUUUGGUUGCAAGAUGAACUCUCGGAAAAAACGGUGAGAGACAGUUGUGGAAGUGGACUCGUAGUGAGACAUGAGCUGAUGCAACACAGGACACCUAUUUCUUUGUAAGCCUUACAUCCCGAAGGUACAUGAAGAGGAGGAGGUGGAGGAGGAGGAGGAGCAGGAGGAGGAGGAGGAGCAGGAGGAGCACCAACUGACAGAGACAUUUCCAUCAGGGAAAUGAAAACCACGCUGAGAUGAAGAGGGGGGGGGGACGGAAACAUGCAUGCUUUUUAUGAAGACAAGCAACUUGACCCUGUCAUCAUCUUAUAAUGAUAAUGAAAAAUCUACCAUAAUAAAACAUUAUAAUAAUAAGAAUAAUUUUGUAAUGAAGAAAAAAAAAGACCAUAAGAAAAAGCUAUGUAUAAGCGCAUUAAGAUAUAAUAGUUGUCCUACGGGAGAACUACUCUGUUUACAGCUGUGACUCAACAUACAGUAUUAGACAGUGUUUAACCAAAUCAGUUUCCCUGUUGCAUCCGACACACACAGUGUAGUUUUUCACAUCGAUUUCACUUCUAACUAAAUUUGACUCAGUACGUGUCAGCAUUUCAGUGAAAUGCAGUUUAACCCUCCAGAAUAAAUUCUCCUAUGAUGUUGUGGCACCGGGCUGCCUGAGGCACAACCCAGGGACAGGCCUGUCCUGCUGACUGCACACACUGAACACUGCACAGAAAAGGAUUGUACUGUAAGAUAGUGUGCUUCCUACUCUGUCUCUUUGUAUGCAUGUUUCUUCAGAAUCCUAUGGAGUACCUGUCCUAUACAGCACUGUAUAGACUUUGCACUGAACCGUAGUAUCCCAGGUGGGGCCACAGUGGACCUGCGGUGGGCGCGAGCGGAGAAAUAAAAAAAAAAAGACAGAGCUGCAUAAGCGAAAUCUCUUUUUUGCACUGAUGCAAUCCAACAGAUCAGAGGUUGCCUUUGGACUGUUGCCGUUAACCCAGUUCCCACUCUGAAAGCUUUUCGGCACCACCAACAACCAAAACCGAGCCACUUAACAACCCAGAUCCUCAGCUGCUUUCUUUUCCACAGACGUCCGGUAGUUGCGCUAAAUUGAAAAUGAUAGCCACUGGGGUUUUUUUUA